AUGACCUAGGGAAGAAUGGCUUUUGGAAAUGGCUCUUUAGUGAAAGAAUUUAUCCUGCUGGGCUUGACACAGCAGCCGGAGCUCCAGCUGCCUCUCUUCUUCCUCUUCUUGGGAAUCUAUGUGGUCUCUGUGGUGGGGAACCUGGGCUUGAUUGUUCUGAUUGUUUUGAAUCCUCACCUGCACACCCCCAUGUACUACAUUCUCUUCAACCUUUCCUUCACAGAUUUCUGCUACUCCACUGUCAUAACUCCCAGAAUGCUGGUGGGUUUUGUGAAGCAGAACAUCAUCUCUCAUGCUGAGUGCCUGACUCAGCUCUUUUUCUUCUGCUUCUUUGUUCUUGAUGAAUGUUACAUUCUGACAGCAAUGGCCUAUGACAGAUAUGCUGCCAUAUGUAAGCCCCUGCUUUACCAGGUCACCAUGUCCCAUCAGGUCUGCAUCUUGAUGGCAGUGGGUGUGUAUAUGAUGGGGUUUUUGGAAGCCAUUGUGCUUACUGGUAGCAUGCUAAACCUGACCUUUUGUGACGGCAACAUUCUCAAUCACUAUGUGUGUGACAUACUUCCUCUCCUGAAGCUCUCCUGCACAAGCACUACAAUCAAUGAGCUGGAAGUUUUUGUUGUUGUCGGUAUCAAUGUUAUAAUGCCCACACUGACAAUCUUUAUUUCUUACACCUUGAUCCUUUCCAACAUCCUCAGCAUCCAUUCUGCAGAAGGUAGGUCAAAAGCCUUCAGUACCUGUGGCUCCCAUGUCAUAGCUGUUUCUCUUUUCUUUGGAGCUUCAGCGUUCAUGUAUCUUAAACCUUCUAGUACAUCUGUGGAUAAAGAUAAAAUAUCUACCAUCUUUUAUACCAUUGUGGGCCCAAUGCUAAAUCCUUUUAUUUACAGCAUAAGGAAUAAAGAUGUUCACACUGCCCUACGAAAAACUUUGAUGAAAAGGAGUUUUACCUAA